CCCCUGUUUACACUGGGAGCAUGGGAGCGGACAUCAGGACGGUGGUCCUUGCAUGGGGGAUCUCCAUUUUCAGACCUUGCCACAGAGAAAGUCUGUUUUCAAGCUGGGAAGAAGGUAAAGUUUGUGACAGCUCAGUGGCUCGGAAAGGAUAGAAUUUCAAGAUGAUGAGCACCAGGGCCUUUCUGUUGCAGUUGUGUUUGAGUCUGGUUGUCUCUAGUGGCUCCUGUACCUGCAAACCUCUCAAUAAUGACAUCCAAAGCGACAACCCUGAGGAAUUGUACUCUCAGCUGUCAGAGGAGGACCUUCUGGAAGAAGAGGCAGCCGACUUGAAGAUGGAGAACCUCCUCGGAACCAUGAAGGAGGGCUUUUUGAGGAAACUCAACCUGUCAGACGUUCCUCAGGAGCACAGCAAGAUCGACCCUCCUCAGUUCAUGAUGGAGCUGUACAAUAAGUACGCCUCGGACAGCUCGGCUAUCCCUCAGUCUGAUGUCAUACGAAGUUUCACUGUCCAGGAUAUCACACUCUCUUCGACAAAUGGCACAAAGUCGAAAUACAGGCUGAAGUUUAAUGACACCAUACCCAACCACGAAAAGAUCACCACUGCUGAACUUCAGCUCUUCUUCUUCCCUGAGACCAGGUCAAGGUUGACCUCCAACAGCUUUCAGGCCACAGUCAAAGUCUAUGAAGUGGAUGAAAAAGCUUUUACAUCCACGACCCAUCUACUGGUUGGUAAAGAGGUAGCAGGACCACAGAGUACGUGGACGACGUUUGAUGUGACAGCAGCUAUUCAGAGCUGGAUCAAGUCAGGCAAUGGAGCGACGGUUAUUGAUGUGGUGGUGGAUAGGAAGAACUGUGGGGCUUCUGGCAUUGGCGAGGCCGGAGCAGGCUGUUUAAAUAUGAGCUUGUCCGUUGGCGAUAACACUUCAGCAUCUUUGAUCGUUUUCUCAGAUGACCUGGGUAGCAGGAGGAGGGAGAAUAAGAAGGAGAUUAAGGAGAUGAUCCUCCAUGAAGAAGAAACCAUCUUACACUCGGGCGCCGACUGGAAUAGAGGGGAGCAACUUCCGAACACGAUCUUGGAAGCUCAGCGUCCACGGAGAAGCAAGAGAAAGGCCGAGAGGGAAUAUUGCCGAAGGACCUCGCUCAAGGUCAACUUUAAAGACAUUGGCUGGGACAGUUGGAUUGUGGCGCCUCCAGGAUAUGACGCCUUCGAAUGUAGAGGCCUGUGCUACCACCCACUAACGGAUGAAUCAACCCCAUCCAAACAUGCCCUUAUCCAGACAUUGAUCAACAUUAGGGACCCCAAGAGGGCCAACAUGGCGUGCUGUGUCCCCAUCAAACUUGACCCCAUUACGGUCAUGUAUCAGGAGAAUGGACGUCUCACUAUAAGAUACCUGUAUGAAGAGAUGAAGGUGGCAGAGUGUGGCUGCAGGUAGUUGGAGAGGGUUGGUCGUUGCUUUGGUGCAAGCACAGGUGAUUGUAAUAGUUCUAAUGCUGCAUUCCAUUCAAGUAAGUCUGAUGUUCACAGUUGAGAAGUUGUGUAACCAUCACCAUGGCCCACAUUGGUCAACUGGCGAGAGCUAAGACCAGAUCUAAGAGUACAAAUUAACACCUCUUACAACUUUACUAAUUAUCCCAACGCAGCAGCAUCAGUGAUAUUCUUUAAAAAAAUGAAAACCAAUCCAAUCAUACUGGUCCAAAUUGCACACACAAUCAGAAAUAGAAUUCCCCUAAAUGAGCAAUUUGGCAGGAAAUUGGUGAAAUUGUCAAAACACAAUGCUACAAAAAGUGGGGAAAUGUAAUGGUUUCUUCCUUGGCCCAUGUCCCAACCUCAACUAACAUGGCAAAACCUCCUUUAUGGUGGGUAAGGCCUAGGUCAUUAAAAUGCAUCCAUUGAGGAUCAUAAAUGUAGUAAGAACAACAAUGAGGUGACAAACUACUAUACCGCCUCUCUGCCAAUCUGUGAACACAAUGGAUGCAGAGAGAGGUGUGUUUCUCCCUGACAGGGCUGUACUGAUGAUUCUAUUCUAUGGAGAGUGGUUAAGGUUUUAAGGUAGAUUUGAUCAAACAAAUUAAAUAAUAUAAUAUUUGUGCCAUUUAAAUUAAAAGAGCAACAGUCAACUCCCAAAACUCAUCUGGCUUACCACUGAUUUAAUGAGAGGACAACUCCAUCCCUCACUUAGUCAUAUUUGGAGAUAUUUGUGUUUGAAUAAAAUAAAUAGUAUGUACAGUGGGACUAUAUUAUUUGACAUUGUAGCUAUGAAACUAUAUAAUUAAGCAUUUACAGUUUACGCUUUUCCUUUAAAUUUAUUGUGGGCAAGAAGUUGAAAACUAAUGAAAUAUCAUGAAUGCAGCUUAACAGGAGAACACCCAACAGGUCAGUUACGUUUGUUCUUUUUGUAUUCCUGUGCUGAAAUGGAUCAUAUUCAGAACCUUCGACCUUUGCUCAAAUUACUGUAUCUCUUUAAUAAAUAUCACUUGGUUAUACAACCUGGCAGCGAACCAAAGGAAGCAGACAUAUUUAUAGGUUAUUGUAUAUUUAAUACUUAUUGUAUGUAUAUAUAAAGAUUGUCCUUGCAAUAUCUUGUAUUUCUAUUUGUAUUUUUUAUAUAAGAAAUAAUUUAGAGAAAUGCUCAUCUUUUAUUUUUAUUAAUGGGAUGAUAUUUUUAGGCGGCUGACAUGUAUGUAAAUCUGUAUAUUAUUGAAAGUUUAAUUUUUCAUAAUAACUGUAUAUAUAAUAAGUUUUAAUUUUUGUCGCAGUCCUCAAAUUAAUGCCAGCAAAAUUGUAGGGAAAGUACGGCCUAUACAAUGGUCAGCUUACAAAUGCAUGCAGUUUCCUAUUGCUUAUGUGGGCAAUGGCAAACACACGAGCAUAAGGUGUAUUCAUCUAUAUGAUGCAGAAGUUCUUUGAGUGAGAAAAAUCCUGAAUUUGAUAAGAUAACAGUUAAACAAAGAGGUUUCUGCCACAUCUGCGAUUAAAAACCUGCCUCCAUCUGAUUGUUAGAGCUGAUGACUCUAAAUAACUCAAUCCAUUUGGCUUACAGGCUUCACUGCACGGUUUGUCUCUUGACGUCUACAAUUUGUUUUUAGGAUUUACCACCAUUUGUUAAUUAAUAAAUAUAAAUCUCGGAUGAAAUUAUUUGCCACUAUACAGCUCAUCCUGCAUUUACUGAAUUGUAUAAUAUUUUGGACAUGACUUGAUGUCCUUUUCUGUCAAAUUCUUUACCCUUUAAUGUCCUGUAAUAACUUUGUACCAUGAGACAUGAAAGUCCAUCCAAUAAGAACAUUUCAGCAAACAAGCACAGCAAAUACAGAAGAUAUUCUUGCACCCAUUUGAUCCCGAAACACAUUUGCAUCUCCAUUGCAUCUUUUUGCUGCAUCUAAGUGUUUAUACAGGAUCAAGGCAAAAUGUUUCCAGUGAAAUUACGUGUCUGAACUAUCACCACAUCAGCCUGGAAUUGUCUAAUAUAUCAGCUGUGCAAAUAAAGACAGAUGUGCAAGUUAA